AUGCACCUCCAAACCCUUCUCCCCAUCCUCCUGACCUCCGCCUCCCUCGUCGCUGCAUCACCGAAUGCUGCUGCCGCUGCCGCUGCCGCUGCUGCGCCGGCCGCAACAACAGCAGCCAGCGCGGGGGACACAGCGCAGUGCGCGAAGAGUAUCCUGGACGCCUGCCUGAAACAGCUCCAACCGCAGAUGGACGCCUGCGCGCAGAACGACUGGGAUUGUCUGUGUACGCAGAGUCAGAACGUGUUGACCUGCUACAACGACUGCCCCUCCGACCCGGGCCGCUACACCGUCACCCAGCAACAGGUGCCCUACUGCAACGCGGCGCAGGCCAACUCGCUGCUAUACUCGACCUCCACCAGGGUGACCAAGACCUCGUCGGCGACCAAGACGAGCGCGCCCACCACCACCGCGGCCAAGACGACCGCCGCGUCGGCCACGGCCACGGCGCUCGAGUCUUCCGGGGCGGCGGCCGGUGCUGGAUUGGAGCUGGGGUUGGGGGUUGCGGCGGUGGUUUUGGGGGUGUGGGGUUUUUAA